AUGAGGCAUACAAUCGCCGCCCUCGCUGCCCUCACUGCAUCCUUCCAAUCCGCCUUCGCUGCCGACGCGCCUUCCUGCAGUCCAUCAAGCUUGUGUCCGCAAGACACCCCUUGCUGUUCUCAAUAUGGCCAGUGUGGCGUUGGCGCAUACUGCCUGGGCGGCUGUGACCCGGAGUCCUCCUUCUCGCUGCAAUCAUGCAUGGCGGCGCCCGUGUGCAAGAGCGCCGACUACCAGUUAAAAUCUCUCGACGAUGUCGCCGCGAAUACCAUUUAUCUGGGCGACCCGAGUUCCGUCAACUGGGUCAGCUCUGGCAAGCCAGUCGCCUACAAUGGCGACUCUGUCCUGCUCACCAUGGCACCCAGCACCGUGGGCACCCUGCUCACGAGCACGCACUAUGUCUGGUACGGAAAGGUCAGCGCGACCAUGACUUCCUCCCAGGGCCAGGGUGUUGUCACAGCCUUCAUCUUGAUGAGCGACGUCAAGGACGAGAUUGAUUUCGAGUUCGUUGGCAAUGACGUUAGCUCGGCGCAGAGCAACUUCUACUGGCAGGGUGUUACCGACUGUAAGAUCACCAUUCCAAUCAUUGCCCUCGGAUAUCUACUGACUCUUCACAGAUAACAACAUGAACCCCCUGAAUGUCUCCGAUACUCGCCAGAACACCCACACCUACACCAUCGACUGGCAACCCGACCAGCUCACCUGGUCCAUCGAUGGCAAUGUCAUGCGCACGCUGAAGAAGUCGGACACAUGGAACUCGAGUACCAACGCGUACUCUUACCCACAGACCCCUGCCCGUGUCCAGCUCUCGCUGUGGCCCGCCGGUCUUCAGAGCAACGGACAGGGAACUGUAGAAUGGGCCGGGGGUCUCGUGAACUGGAACAGCAACUACAUGCAGAACGGAUACUACUACGCCAUGGUCAAGGACGUCAGCGUGGAAUGCUACAACCCACCGGACGGAUUCUCCAACAACUUCGGCACCAAAGCAUACUACUACCAAAACCGCGCCGGCACCAACAACACCGUCGCCAUCGGCAACAACAACACCAUCCUGAGUUCUUUCUACGCGACAGGAGACAAGCCAUCCUUUGACCCGAACGCCAAGGCAAGCGGCACUUCCACCAGCUCCGCAGCCACCAUGACCGCGACCCCGGAAACCGUACCUGGUGUCUCGGGCGCCGGCGAGAGAGGCAGCGGGAGCCCAGCCGCGCAAAAUUCCAACAGCAACUCCAACUCGAACUCGGGCUCGAACAGCGGCGGUGCGUCAGCCAGCUCCGGCAGCGGCUCCUCCGGUUUCUCGCAGGGUACAAGCUCCGGCUCCACGGGAAGCAGCGGGGCGCCGAAGAUUGUCGCAGGCAGCGCCUUGGCCCUGGUUGGCUUUUUCGCUGCCGCACUCCUCCUCUAA